AUGGAGUGGUUGCGGGCGGCGGCCGCGUAUCUGUGGAACUUUCGCUACCUGCCCAUGAAAUACCGGUGGCCCCUGAUCAAGCUCCGACGCCGCCUCUUCCCGUCGCAGUCGCCGCUGGGCCUGCGCCGCUCCGUGCGCUACGCGCGGGACAUCCGGUACCCGCCGCUGCGGAGCCCAGUCCUCUUCGUCCUGGAGCUGCUAUGGCCGUUCCCAGCGUGGAAGUUUGCCGCCGAGCUUCCACCGCCGCCGCGGCGCGUCGACCCGGACGCGGUGGACCGCCGCGCGCACGACCUCCAGCUGCUCCGCAUUAUGCCGCUCUGGCGCAGCCGCGAUACGCCGCUGCGCGCCCUGUACCGCAUAUACGAGGCGGUGUGCGCGAGGGACGGGAACCUCAUCGCGUCCGAGACGCAGUACUUUUGGCGGCAGACGGGCUGGCCCACGGCUGGCAUUCCAGAACCGCCGGCGUGCGAGAACGAGGAGCAGUACGCCGUCAUGGCUGCGACGGCCGAGACUCUUGUUGACUGCUUUAAUUGGAGGCUGCAGCUAGGAUUACGGCGCAAUGAUGGCUCGUUUACAAAUAGAUAUGAGGAACCGCCCCCGACUUCUCCUGAAGCGUAUCCGUCGUGGACAUCAACCGCGGGGAAGCUCCCAGAGAAAUUAAUCCUCGGCACACGUACCACUUAUAUGGAAAGUCCAUUUCACCGGCGCAACAUUUAUAUAGCGACUGGCGACUUUUACUCUGUGUAA